AUGGCCGGAAAUGCUCAUGAUGGGUCUAACCCACCACCAAAACCUCCAGCAAUGCAUGUUGAGGGCACAGGAAUCCCUUCCAACACGGAUAAAAUCCACGAUGGUGAUGCAGCACUAGCCUUGUUCGAUAAUCUGGCAGAUAUGCAUGAUACCUUUGAGCCUGCGGAAGAAAAGAAACUCAUUCGCAAAAUUGAUCUCAUGAUCCUGCCAUUUUUGGCGAUUGACAAAACAACGCUCUCCUAUGCAGCUAUCUUUGGCAUCGAAGAAGAUCUGAACCUUUCCGGCGAUGAAUAUUCCUGGCUAUCAAGUGUUUUCUACUUUGGCUUUCUUUUCUGGUCGCUACCAACAAACCUUUUGAUGCAACGAUUCCCAGUUGGCAAGUAUUUGGGCAUCAAUAUUUUUCUUUGGGGAUUUUUCCUCAUGCUGCAGGCUGCUGCAAAGAACUUCACACAACUAGCCGUGCUACGUGUCAUCUCAGGCGCCGCUGAAGCAUGCAGUGAUCCCGCCUUCAUGCUCAUAACGAGCAUGUGGUAUACUCGACGAGAGCAACCGAUUCGAAUUGGGCUGUGGUACACGGCCAAUGGCUUCGGUAUAGCCAUCGGUGGCUUGCUAGGAUAUGGAAUUGGUCAAAUCAAAGGCUCUCUUCCGUCUUGGAAAUACGAAUUUCUCAUUAUUGGAGCUUUUUGCUGUACUUGGGGAAUUUUGCUGUUCAUAUUUCUUCCCGACUCCCCAGUGACAGCACCUCAACUGUCAGACCGGGAAAAGAGACUUGCAGUUGAGCGACUACGCGACAACCAGACAGGUAUCGAAAAUAAGAAUCUCAAACCUCGACAGAUCCUCGAAGCUAUUUUGGAUUGGAAAGUGUGGGUCUUCUUUCUACUUGGCUUCUCAGGUAACAUUCCAAACGGUGGUAUAUCUAAUUUUGGAACGAUCAUCAUUCAUGGUUUUGGCUUCUCCACCUUGGUCACUUCGCUAAUGCAGAUUCCAUAUGGUGCAUUCAUUUCUGUGAUGAUUCUUGUGGCAGUCUUCGUCAAUGAUCGGCUGCCUCGCAACAGCAGAUGUAUUGUGGCUAUUGUAUUCCUGCUUCCAAAUCUGGCGGGCUCAUUUGGUCUACACUAUCUCCCAUCGUCAAAUCAGGUUGGCAGGUUGAUUUGUUACUAUCUGACAGGUUCCUACAACGCCUCGUUUGUGAUCAUCCUUUCCAUCCUCACGGGUAAUAUAGCUGGCCACACUAAAAAGGUUAUCACAAACGCGAUGAUAUUCCUCGGAGUUUGUGCAGGCAAUAUUUCUGGGCCAUUCUUUUACAAGUCGAGCCAAGCCCCCGGUUAUUCCCUGGGUAUCUGGUCGAUGAUUGUUGCCAAUUUUGUCGAGAUUGCCCUGAUUGUGGUACUGGGCCUUGGACUGGCAUGGGAGAAUCGACGUCGCGAUAGGGCCCAAGGUAUUUCUCCAGGUGAUGAAGCAGACUAUACGCGGGAACUUGAGCUGGAUCGAUCCGCGUUCAGUGAUCUUACAGACAAGGAGAAUCUCAACUUUAGAUAUCUAUACUGA